AUGCGCCGUCAAAUAUGGAGAAAAUACGAGACAAAAAAGAAAGCAAAUUCAUCAGAUCAGAAUAUUAUAAUCAUCAUCGUCAUGGGGAAGAAGCAACUCUCUGGAGCACAGAAGAGGAAGAAGAGGAAAGAGAAAGAAGAGCUCGCUUUGGACAUGGAGCGGUUGAAGCUCGGACCGACGAAGUUAUGGACCGGGUUGGUGGUGCAUCAUAAGGAUGUGUUUGUCUCGCAUGUGAUUUCGAAAUUGAAUUUGAUGGAUCGGUUUUUCUUUUCAAAGGUGAAUACAGAGAGUCGGGGUGUGCUUGAAUACGCCGGGGUAAACGUAUCGAAAUUGGGUGUAACUGUUCACGAAUGUUCAUCCAUUUCGACGUUGGAAUGGGCGUGGAAUCACAUUCCCUGGGGAGAGAAAUUUGAAGAUGGAACGGUGAGAGAUCAAGCCUGGUUUUGUUUGCAAGUUGCUUUUACGAACAAACUCGAGUUUCUCAAGUGGGCGAGAGAAGUGAAACAGUGUGAGUGGAAUGAAUGGACGAUUAAAGUGGCAGCAGAUAUAGGUAAUCUCGAGAUGCUGAAGUACUGCUUCUCUAAUGGUUGCCCGUGUGAUGAAAAAGAGGUGUGUGAACUAGCUGCUCAUGGAGGACACCUCGACUGUGUUCGAUUUCUUUUCGACAAAGUGGAACCUUCGCGAGAGACGGAGCGAACAGCGGCACUACAAGCAGCAUGCGGUUGUCACACAGACAUCUUGAAAUAUUUCGUCGAAGAACGAAGGAUAUCCUCCUAUGAGGAAAAGUGCAACUGCGUGGUAAAUGCUGCAAUGUAUGGCAAACUCGAUUGCCUCAAAUACUUAUUAGGCGAAGAGGCGAAAGCGCCUCUUAACUUCUGGCAAUACAUCGCGUACGCUCGUUACUACGAACACCCCGAUUGCGAAAACUACUUGCUCGAAAAAGGGUGCCCAGAACCAACGGACGAACAAUACGCUGCGUUCAUCGAUCUGGAAAAAGAAGAGGAGUAG